CAUUAAACAAUCACUUAUUUCAAAUAAUAUUUUGUUAAAUAUAAAUCUUAAUAAUAAUCUUGAUACAAAUGUUGAAUCUCUUGAUCUUGAAGAUGAUUUUGACAAUAAUUUAAAUAAAAAAUUUAACAGAAAUUUUGAUA